UGAAACAUGAAAAAUAAGCCGGAUGCUUCGUUCUUUAUGCAGCUCCGACACCCCCAGGCGUGCAGUGUUCGCGGGCAGCAUGCAGCUGCUGGCGGGGAUAAAGCUGUGCACGGGCAGAGCGCUCACCAAUCACCCGCACUACGAGGACCGGGCACUGCGCGAGAGGACCAGGCAGGUGUACCAGAUUUACGCUCGGCAGUCCGCCCAGGAGGUGCACAGGCUGUUGCGCUCCGUAGGAGCCGACUACGUGGCGUUAGAGGACAGCAUCUGUCACGAGCGUCGCCACAGCCGCGGCUGCAGACUCAGGGACCUGCUCGACCUGGCCAACGGACACGUCAUGGACGGGCCCGGGGAGAACGAGCCGGAUCUGACGCCGUCCCCUCACCCUCGCUUCUGCCAGGCGGUGAAGAGCGGCGAAGCUCCGUACUCCGGCCUCUUCACCCGCGUCUUUCGCAACAAGACCUUCGACGUGUACAAGCUGAAUAAAGCCAAGAAGAAGAAGAACGGCGGGACGGACGGAGGUGCGUAGACGGCGGCCCGGGAGGACGGCGAGUCGGCGGAGGCGGUGGGACCGCGUCGCGCGCGUCUCGCGACGGAGAGGCGACCGCCCCGACCCGGACGGGCGGACGGCGGGCCGACGGGGCGGCGGACGAGACCCCCGUCGAACCGCGCCACGCGAAGCGGCGAGAGGUCACGUUUGAAGGAGCGCGCGAAGAGUGUUUUUUCAUCCUUUCGGUUUGUUUUUCGGUGUCGUUUGUUCUCUCUCUUGUACGUCGGUCGUUUACGUGCGUUAAGUUCGGUGUGUUAAUAAAGUGUCUCCUGUAACACUC